AUGCCUAGCCAACCGCCCCUCCCACCCCUCCUCACUCCCUACGUAUCGUCUCUGCCGCCGUCGUCCCUCACAGUCCUAUCCUCAGUCCUCGGCGCAACAGGGAAUUGGCUAGUUCUUCGAUUUCUAUAUGCUGCCCUGAAUUCGUCUUCGACGUCAGACGCUGUUGCGGGCCUCAGCGACACUAACAAUGGGAGAAAGAGAAAGGUCGUGCUCGUGAGUUUUCUGCGGGGUUGGGAAUUUUGGAGGUCCGAGGCCAAGAGAUUGGGCCUCGACCUUGCCCGCCUCACAGACAAACGCCAGUUCGCCUUCGUUGACGGACUCUCCGAACUCUUCGCUGCUCCCCCUAGCACUUCGUCCCAAACACCAAUAUCACAAGCCUCACUACGAGGAACAGUGCUACCCCGGACAGUCCUGCCUCUCAGGUCGCAGCCCGGUCCCAUUCCCACGCGAGGACCGCAACCCGCCGCUCGGCCAGUCGCUGCCCCUCCGAACCCUCCAACAUCGAGAGAAGUCGGGCCAGUCAAGCGACUUCACCUAUCAGGAAAUGGGAAUGCAGCUUUGGAUGCGCUCGAGAAAGACAUUGCGGCGGUGAUCAAUGACCUGAAAUCAUCAACAUCCGGAGAUGAACAGGAAGAGCCCGAGGUUUUAUUGGUUCUCGAUCAACCGGAUCUGCUACUAGCCGCUACGGGCCCGAGCAGGGGCAUAGGCGCUACAGAGAUGGGAGAUUGGGUGAUGGGGCUACAACAGUACGCUCAUGCAACAGUCAUGACGGUGUCUUCAGACUCCCCGUUGAUCCACAAUGCUUCCGCAUCGGCACACCAGGGAGCAACUCCGCUGGAGACUGAGCAUGCCGCGUUUGCUAUCGGGUCGGCUCAUCGGGCGCACAUGGUUAUGCAGCUCCGAAACCUUGAAACGGGUGCCGCAAGGGAUGUCAGCGGUGUGCUGAGGGUCAGCAAAGGUGGCGCGUGGGGGCAAAAUGACAGCACCGAGGCCAGUAGUCACUGGGAAGAGAAGGAAGUUCUAUACUUUGUCCAGAGGGAUGGUGGCGUGAGCGUCUUCGGGCGAGGUGAAUAG